AUGCCGCCCUACUCGAGUCUGCAGAAGCAACAAAUAGCACAGUUCAUCAGCUUCACGCAAGCGAAGGACACAGCGGCUGCCAAGUUCUUGAAAGCGGCACGAUGGGACCUUGAAGAAGCUAUCAAUACAUACUUCCAAAGCCCCUCUGGCGCCGGAGCCAGCACAAGCGCGAUCAACAAGAUCUUCGACAGCUACAGCGACUCCCCCGAAGAAUCCCCCGAGACCAUCGGCAUCGACGGCGUAAUGCGGUUCCUAGGCGACAUCUCCGUGCAACUCGACGAAGUAACCUGCCUCGCCAUCGCGGAGCUCGUCAAAUCCCCGACGAUGGGCGAAUUCACGCGAGAAGGAUUUCUGCAUGGAUGGCGCGCUCUCGGAGCCGACACCCUCGCCAAAAUGACGGCGCACGCGGCGGAGCUCCGCGCGCGCCUGCCUAUCGAACCGGACCUCUUCCGCCGGGUGUACCGGUACACGUUCCCGCUGUGCCGGAUGCAGGGCCAGCGCAACCUGCAGUUCGAGAUCGCGGCGGAGCAGUGGCGGCUGUUCUUCACGGCGGAGCACGGCGGCGUGGCGUGGGGCUCGGCGACGACGCCGUGGCUGGACUGGUGGCUCGAGUUCCUGGAGGGGCGCGGGCCGCGGCCCGUCAAUAAGGAUCUGUGGGAGCAGGUGGAGGUGUUCAUGCGCAAGACGGGCGAGGAUGAGGCGAUGGGGUGGUGGAGUGCGGAUGGGGCGUGGCCCGGGGUGAUUGAUGAGUUUGUGGAGUUUGUGGUGGGGAAGAGGAAGGGUGGCGGUGCGGGUGGGGAGAUGGAGGUUGAGUAG